AUGACAUGGCCUUACUGGAGCACUGGAGAUCAGGCGCAAUGGCAGAAAACUGAACUACGUCGCGCACAUAUGAGGAAAAAGGAACUUUCUGAAGCUAAACGUAUCAAAACCAAGUUUAUGAUCUUUGGCCCAUUACCCGAGUCGUUUCCUCAUCUCCUGGUGUACGACGAACCUAUAGAACCCGUGGCCUCAUUUAAGCACGUCGGUUACACCUUUAACUCGACGAAGAAAAACAUCUUUAUCGACCACUACGUCGCUAAGGCCAUAGCCGCGCACAACGGAAUCACAUCUUUCUUUAUCCUAGACUCCGUCUUUGCGACGAUCUGGCCCAAACUAGAUCUGCAACUCUCCAUGGCCCGGGGCCUAGGGCCGAUGUGUAUGAGGGCACCCUUGUUUACCAAAACGGGUGUUCUUUCCAUUGAAUACAGGAGAAUUAUCCUGGCCCUGAAAUUCUUAGCUUAUCUGCUGGAAGCUCCCAAGGAAAGAUUCGUACAUGCAGCGUGGCUAGACUUCACAGCACUUACUAGACUUCUCUGCUCAACACAUACUCUCGCCGUAGAGAAACUAUGCAGUUACUGGCCGACGCAGCUCCUCAAACCGAAUGGUUUUUUUACUAACGACAGAGAAAGCUCCGAUUUAAUCCGACAACUCAGAGAUCAAGAAUUAACCUUACCUGCUUUUGCGGCGUACGUUUACCAUACACUGGAAGAAUCUGACCAGGUCGAUGUUCUCAGACCCGCCAACGUCUGGUUCAUGUACGAUUAG